CUCAGUUCAGUCGAAUCCGCCGUUGGGGAUCGUUGUGUUUUUUGCUCGUUAUAAGUUUUUUUUGGUGGUGGACCUGAUAAUUUUUUUUAGUUACUCUUAUUUCCUCCCUCAACUAUAUGUUGACAUUCAGUGCUUGAUUGUAGUGCUUGAAGAUUUGUUUCUUCCCUGGAACGAAUUAUUUCUCCUGAAAUUCGUGCUACGAAAGAAGUCUCUCCCAUUUUCGCGUUUUUGUGUGCGUGUAAAGAAAACUUAGCAAAUGUGACGACGUGCAAAGAAAGGCAGUGAGGUAAAAAUAUUUGGUGCUCUUUGUAAGUUUAUUUGUUACUUAAUUUAAUUAUCCUGCCUGGAAGACUGGGGCAGAGGACGGUAGGCGAGUGAUCUCAAGGUGGCGCGCGGUGGAGAAGUAAAGUGAAAAGAAAGAUGGUGACUGUGUGAGAAGAAACGCAAAAAUUUUUCUUCACGGCUUUCGAGAAAGAAGCACGGAGUGAGAAAAGAGUCCAAGUGUGAGAGAGCACAGGAAGGGCUUCUGACUCUUGUUUUGUGUGAGAUUUUGGUUUCCCUCCUUAUUUUUUUUUUUGCACCGAAGAACCAGCACUGCGCAAGUGCCAGAGACUCUGUGUGUGACUUCCUGGAAAUACAGAGAGGGAAAAAAAGAAUAGCCGGGUGUUUCCGGAUAUAGCAUAAUAAUGGCUCUCAACAACAGCAGCAGCAGCGGAAGUAGCAACAAUCUCAGCAACACCCCCAAUAAUAACAACAAUGAGUCAGAGAAUGUGAAGCAAGGCAAUCUAGUCGUGAGAAUGGACGAGGAUUCCGCCACAAAGCUCCAGGCACUCUUUGACACAGUCCUGAAGCCAAGUGAGCAGAAUCGUCCACUGCAGAUCCCACUUCGUAUGCGAAAAUUGCCCAAUUCCUUUUUUAAUCCCCCAUCGACGGGCUCAAAGUCCCCAUCAGUGUCACAUUCGCGCGAGAACAGCAUUGAUUCAGCCUUUGGCUCUGGUACAACCAUCGUAUAUGCACCGGGUGGUGGUGGAGGCGCUACUGGGGCUGCCAAUUCAGUACUCACGCAGCGACUCUCAAUUAGCCACUCGCGGGCCCACAGCAGCCCCGCAACACUCGAACAGACUCACGCAGCCAGCCUCAAGUCUGCCGCGGCUGCAGCUGGUGCUACUGCUGCAUCCGCCACUGCUGCCCAGAAUACCCAAACACAACCCCAGACGCCCCUAAAGGCGGUGCACGCGUCCCAGCGCAGCUACGACGUGAUCAGUGCCAUUCAGCUUCAAGAUGAACUCGGUGAUCUGCCGCCUGGAUGGGAGCAGGCAAGAACGGCAGAGGGACAAAUCUACUAUCUCAACCACAACACACGUACGACACAAUGGGAGGACCCCAGGAAACAAUUAGCUGCACAUCAAGCUCUCGUAUCACACCAGAGUGCAGACUCACUCCUAAGAAGUCAACCGCCGCAGCAACAGCAGCCACCAAUUCAGCAGAACAGCGGUAACCCAGUGACAAAAUUAUCUUCAGCCACAUCUGUAUCAUCGGAUCCACUGCUGGGCCCACUACCCGAUGGAUGGGAGCAGGCAGUGACUUCUGCUGGUGAAACAUACUUUAUUAACCAUAUUAACCGUACAACUUCUUGGUUCGACCCAAGAAUACCUGAGCAUUUUCAACGUUCAGAAAUGUCCCGGAACGCAGGAGGGUGGCUAAACAUACAGAAUUUGCAGAAAGAGCGUGAAUAUCUGAAGCAGCGUCAACAAGAAAUUCAACAUCAAACAAUGGGACUUCAAAUGGAUCCAUUUCUUCCCGGUGUAACGGAUCACUCGCGACAGGAAUCGAGCGAUAGUGGUUUAAGUCUCACAUCCAAUCACUACUCCAUGCCACAGAACUCAGAUUUUAUGAGUAUAGAUGAUAGUAUGGAUUGCAUAAGUGAAAGUGGGACUCUAGAAACGAGUACUCUGGAGAAUACAGAUGAUCUCGUUCCUUCUCUUCAGCUCGGUGAAGGCUUUAACAAUGAUAUUUUGGACGAUGUACACAGUCUAAUGGAUUCUGAAGUGAAAACAGACAGUCUCACGUGGAUCUAGGGACAAAGAAAGAGGGGAAAAAAAAGAGAAAAAAUCGACAGUGAUGGAACAUUAUUGCAGUCAGUUUUACUCUAUAUAGAAUUUUAUUUUAUAAGUUGAGAAAAAAAGUGCCUUUUCAAGUUAAAUAUUUUUAUUAAUAGUUUUUACAAAAAAAAAAUAUUUCUCUAUUAUAUUUUGAGAUUAUAUUGUUGUGCAAAGUGUGAUGAGAAACGUGAUGUGGUGUGCAUGAAAAAUGUUAUGAAUGGAAGUUGAAUGAUGUGAAGCACAAAAAUAGUUUAAUUUUCAUUUCUCGUGCAAGGUUCUCCUCGCACUGUGCCUUUUAAGAGACAAAUUAAGAAGAUUCUUCAACAAAAAAAAGAAAACUUUAUGCCUUACAAGAAAAAAAUAUUAUUUUGUAUAAAAAUGAAGUCUGCAGAAGAAAUUGCACAGCUGUGGGUUAUUAACUGAUUGUUGUGUGGAAAUAGGAGAAGAUACAGGGUGUAGCAGUAGCAUAGAACUUUAUUUUUUCAACUAAAUUUUCGACUUUUUUUGCAAAGAAUUAAAAUUAUUUUUUAAAUUUUUUCAUUAUAGAAAUAUUUAAUUUUCGGAAAAAUCUGAAUUUUUAUUUCGAAAAAAUUCGUCUUGAUUUUAGUUGUUUACAUUAACAGCAAUCAAUCUAAUGCUACACCCUGUAAUGAGAUUGCAAUAUGUAAAUGAGUAAUAGUAAAUUUUAAAAUUUAUAAAAAAAACAGAAAGCAAUGAACGUCCAUCAUUUUACAUAGAAUAUUUUUAUUUCAUGGUAUAGUUUAUAAAAUAUAUAUUUUUAUGUAUUCUAAGGCUAUUAUUGUGAGACAAAAAAAAUUACUUUUAAUUCUAAGAUCUACAUUAGGUUAGAAUUAAAUGAAAGAGAAACUAUAGGCCUUAUUAAAUUCUAAGAAGUAUUUUUAAUGAAAGAAAUAGAAAAAAUAAAUAAAAAGUCGCAAUUGUGAAGAAAAAGAAAGAAAAAAUAUAAAAAAGAAACCUUUGAGUGCCUUAUAUUUAUAGCAUAUCAUUAUAAUUUAUAAAUAUUGUCAGAAGGAAAAGGAAAAAAAAUAAAGAGAGAAAACAAAAUUUAACUUUUUUUACAAAACAAAUUCUCUCUUUUAAUCCAAAAUGAAAAGUUGAAAAAAAAAAGAAAUUCCAUGAUGUGGACAAAAUCAUGAUAGUCGCCGGGAAUUGUUUUUUUUUGCGACAAAAAUAAGCAAUUAUAGUGUAAUUGUGUUUCUCUAAAAUAGAAUUAUGUAUGUAUUAGAAUGGCUUUUACUCUUACCUUUUUAGUCUCUUUAAUUUUUAUUAAAUAAAUGAGAAGAAAAGUUGAUAGAAUUUAUAUAUAUUUUAUAUAUAGGAAAAUGUAAAGGAAAAAGCAAGAAAAAAAGAAUUGCUACGAUGAUGGAAAUAAUUGAAGAAAAAAAUAUGAAAAGCAAUUCUUUUCGCUGCCCAUAGACAAUAAGCAAUAAUUAUUAAAAAAAAAUCUUUUCUUUUUGUUUAUCUAUUUUUUUAAUGCAAAAAAAUUAUAGAGACAGCGUGCGAAAUAAUUCUUGAGGUUUCCAUUUUCGUUGAGAAUUUUGCGUAAAAAAAAUUAAGAUAAUCAAUUAAAAAAAAAAUGUAAUGUAUAAUUAUAGUUAUAUGCUUGAUGGACAUGAAAGUUAGAAUCUUUUAAAAGUUUUUAAAUCUUUGGGACUUUUAAUUGAUUUUUGUUGCCAUGUAAAUCGCAUUUUAGGAAGUAUAUUUGAAAAUUACAGUGCAUUCAUUAUAAUUUGUAUAAAUCAAUUUUUUUCUUAAUUAUAUUUUUUUCUUUUACCUUUUAUUCAUUUUUUUCUACCAUAAGUUUCUUAUUCAUUAUUUGAGUUAGAAAAAAAAUUAGAGAAAUAGCUAAUAGUGAGAAGAAAAUUGAAAAAAAAAGUUUUUUAUCAUUAAAUUUACGUUCAGAAAUAAUACAAAAAUUAAACAACAACAAUAUUGAACCAUCGAUUUUCUCGUUGUCCAGAGAUCACAGGGGGGGGGGGAUAUUUCUCAAAGUUUAUGAAGAAACCUCGUUUUAUUUCAUUUGCUGUCUUUAUAUUAUUUCUGCACAGAAAAAAAGGAGCCAAAAAGAGAAGAAUUUAUAAAGUCACAUGAGAAAAUAUAAAUGAUAAACCGGAUAAACCGUCCAUUAAUACGUAAAAAGAAGAAAUUAAAUUUUUCUAUCAAGCUUUUUGAUAAACAAAGAGGAAGAGUAAAAUGCAUGAAAUGAAAAAAAAAAAAGAGAAAAAUGUAUCUCAAGGAGGAAAAAGCCCACAAAUUGUUGUGAUAUGCAGAAUAAUGGGAAAUAAGGUGAAAAAAUGUGGGAUGAAAUUUUUUUUAGAGAAGUUCCAGAGCAUUUUUGUCGCUUUUUUGUCCCACCUAUAUUUUAUUUUCAUUGCUCAAUUUUUUUGUUUUCUUUAGUCGGAGCAAAUAACUUACCUACUUAUUAUGUUUUUUCUUUAGCACAUUGCACACAAACCUCUCUGAUAGCAGAGAUUUGACCGUUGCAGAUUGCUUGUUAUCACUUGUUUUCUUCUUCUUUGUAAUAUUUACAAUCUCCUGUGAUUCUAAGACACCCUUCAUACACCCCCUUUUCUCUUGUCCCUUAAUAAUUGACUUUAUUGAAAAGAAAAAUUUUAAAUAAAAAAAAUCAUUGUCUACAAUUUGUUAAGCAAAUUAAUCGACAACUGAUUUUAUUUCCUGCUACUCCCAAAAAAUCCCAAUCAAAUUACAAGAAAAUUUGCUCAUUUUUAUGAAAAAGAAAAAGAUUGAAAAAGCUGCUGGACUUUAAUAAAACGAGUAUUAUAGUAAAAGGAAAAAAAGAAGUAACUCACAGAAAAAUUUAUAUAGCAUUCAAAUUGAUGGUUGCAUAAAAGUUUUUGUAUUUAAAAAAAAUGAAUAUAUCUUCUCUAUAUAAUAAAUAAAGGAUUUCGCGUCUGUA